UUGACCUCGCACUUGCUGCAUCUAUGUCUUUUGCAACAAUUUGAACUCUCGUCAAUCACGCAUGCUCUCAUUCGCUUGGUGUCGCGUUCGUUUUCUGGCCAGAAAUCACUCGCUCCUACACCGCAAUCGGACAUUGGCUCCCUUGACACUCCAACUACACAUCUCGCCAACCGAUCAUCCGGGCGCAUAAUCAGCGCUCCAGCAUAGCCAUGAAGCUAUCAUCAGUUCUAGCUCUGGCGACGGCUGUCACCGCCCAGCAAUUCUCCAUCGCGAGCGACGACGACAUCAAGAAGACGGCGGCUGCCGUUGCUUGGGACCUCCUUCAGUACUAUCAUGGCAACGAAACGGGACAGACGCCUGGCAUCCUGCCCGGACCGCCGGCCUCGGGGCUAGGUCCGUACUACUGGUGGGAGGCGGGUGCGAUGUGGGGGACGCUCCUCGACUACUGGUUCCUCACCGGCGACGACAGCUACAACGACUUGAUUAUGCAGGGCAUCCAAUUCCAGUCCGGGCCGCAGAAGAACUUUAUGGACCCCAACUACACGCUGUCCAUGGGCAAUGACGAUCAAGGGUUCUGGGGCAUGACGGCCUUGACUGCGGCCGAGAACAACUUUACCAACCCCCCAGCCGACAAGCCGCAAUGGGUCGCCCUGGCGCAGGGCGUCUUCAACGACAUGGCGAGCCCCGAGCGGUGGCAGACGGACACCUGCGGCGGUGGUCUGCGCUGGCAGGUCCCCUUCUCCAACGUGGGCUACAACUACAAGAACUCCAUCGCCAACGGUUGCUUCUUCAACAUUGCCGCCCGCCUCGCACGCUACACCCACAACGACACGUACGCCGACUGGGCGGAGAAGGUUUGGGACUGGGUCGAGGGCGUCGGAUACAUGGGCAAGAACAACGAUGCAUUGUACGACGGCGCGCAUGUCGAGGACAAUUGCACCAAGAUCAACAAGGAGGAGUACUCGUACAACAACGCCGUCUACACCCUGGGCGCCGCGUACAUGUACAACUACACAAACGGCUCGUCAAAGUGGGAGGGUCGGGUGAGCAAGCUGGUCGACCACGGCUUCUCCACGUUCUUCCCCAACGACAUUGCCUACGAGCCCCAAUGCGAGACGUCCAAGACGUGCACCACGGACAUGAAAUCCUUCAAGGGCUACCUGCACCGGUGGUACGCGACCUCAACGUCGGUGGCCCCCUUUCUGCGCGACAAGGUCCUGCCCGUGCUCAAGACGUCGGCAGAGGCAUCCAUCAAGGUCUGCACGGGUGGUGACAAUGGGCGCCAAUGCGGCUUCAGCUGGGCGGCCGGUCAGUUCGAUGGCAUAAUGGGCGUUGGACCGCAGAUGAACACCCUUGGAGCGGUCUCAUCACUGCUCAUCACGGAGACCCAUGGCACGGUGUCGAAAACGACCGGCGGAUCCAGCAAGGGCGACCCAACAGCUGGUGGUGAAGACACCACCACCACAAAGAUCACUACCGCUGACCGCGCUGGCGCUGGAAUCCUGACAUUCCUGGUGUUGGGCAGCAGCGUGAGCUUGUUCGGGUGGAUGUGUUUCGGAGACGCCUAAAGGAGAGAAGGAUGUGAUGUUCAAGAAGUUGAUUUUUUUUUUUUUUUUUUUUUUUUGGUUUAUUGAUCUCUGCGCCGGCGUUGGGGCGGGUGAAACGGUCUGUAGGAAUGGAAUGGGGGUAUCAGCUAGAGGCGGCGUAAUAACGUCGAAAUGAUCAUUUUUUUUCUCGCGACAUGAUUUCUCAUCACGCUUCCGCGGCCCUCUUCGCAGCCAGGCCGCUCACUU